CCCUGGACAACAUGCGGCUGCUCCUGGGGCUCCUGCUGGUGCUGGCGCUGUGCGGGGACCCCGCCCGAGGCCUGUGGUGCCACCGGUGUGAGGGCUUCGGGGGGUGCCUCCGGGAGUCCAGAUGCCCGCGGGGCUCCGACCACUGCGUCACCAUCGCCACCCGGCGCCCCCACAGCCCCCAGGACCUGCCUCUGGUCACCAAGAUGUGCCGCCGCGGCUGCCCCGACGCGGCCCGCCUGGGCCUGGGCCCCCACGUGUCCAUCUCCUGCUGCCAGGCCGGCCUCUGCAACCGGGGCUGACACCCCGGGCCUCUGGAGACCCGGCCCGGCCAGCCGCCUGCCCCCGCCCACCCAAUAAAGGCUGACUCGGCUGCC